GGUGCUGAGGGAGGGGCGGGAAGGGCGGGCUGAGGGGCGGGAAACGGGUGUGAAACACUGAGGAACACGGCGUUCCCCGCCGGAGCUGCUCUCCGUAGAUGUGUCGCCGCUCGCCCGCAGGUACGGACGCCGGAGUCCGGCUGGGGUGAGGCUGCCGAAAUCUUCCCGUUUUAACGGUUCCGCACACGCUCCGUUAAGAUUGGAAUCCACGUGGAUUACUCAGACCCUUCUUCACUGUUCUGGAAUUUGAGCACGGGCUGGUUUCCUCUGUAUUUUCACGGACAAUCCAUCCAAGAACUCAUCUGCUGGAACAGGGACCUCUGAGAGCUGCGUCAUAACAUCAGUCAAAGUGCAAAGAUUUCAAAGCAACAACUACAAGAGCUCCUGCUCGUUCUCUUUCGCACCUCUCCAUUCCUUGUCUGCCCGCUGCUGGAGCCCCUUGCCUUAGCGCUGGAACUUGCUGGUCAACGGUUGUUGCACCGGAGUGUCAUGUAACAACUGAAAAUUUUCAUCUGAAAACAGAAAAUGGCUUCAAGAGGAACAACAGAGACGAGUAAACUGAAACAGAACUUGGAAGAGCAGUUGGAUAGAUUAAUGCAGCAGCUUCAAGAUCUGGAGGAAUGCAGAGAGGAGCUGGAUGCAGAUGAGUAUGAAGAGACCAAAAAAGAAACUCUAGAACAACUCAGCGAGAUCAAUGACUCGCUGAAGAAGAUUAUGUCUGGAGAUAUGACUUUGGUUGACGAGCUGAGCGGGAUGCAGCUGGCAAUACAAGCAGCCAUCAGCCAGGCGUUUAAAACUCCAGAAGUAAUUAGGAUGUUUGCAAAGAAACAACCGAGGCAAUUGAGGACAAGGUUGGCAGAGAUGGACCGAGACUUAAUGGUUGGGAAGUUGGGGCGGGACGUGUACACACAGCAGAAACUGGAAAUCCUGACUGCCCUCAGAAAGCUCGGUGAGAAGCUCACUCCAGAUGAUGAGACGUUCUUGUCAGCAAAUGCUGGCACAGCCCUGAGCCAGUUUGAGAGAGUCUCCACUGACCUUGGAUCAGGAGAUAAAGUCUUUGCUCUCGCAAGUUCUGAAGUAGAGAAGGCAAAACAAUGAAGAGGUGCGUGAGGCUGGUGUCUCUCCGGUUAUCAGCAGCAUUGGACUUCUGCCACAUUGCAUUGGGUUUUUUCCAUUUCUAACACUUUGAAAAAAAGAAAAGCAAAACGAAACCAGAAGGAAAACCCACAAACCCUAAACUCCUUGGGUGCUUAAUCAGAAGAUACAAAGUAAACAGCCUUAAGUGCACUUUGGAACCUCGGUGUCUGUACCCCUUAUUAACUUAAGCUCUGAGGCUGAACACUAAGUGGUACCCUAAAAGCAAAGCAUGGCGUGACUCUCUUCGGAACGGAUCAGCUGUUUUGAACUUUUUUGAAUCUGUAUUUCUCUAACUAUUAAACCGUGAUCUUUUUGCAUGUGGUUGUAGCAAGCAGCUCUUUUUCAGGAGCAGUCUUAACGAGCAAGUGCGUUUUUUGGGGUGAUUCUUCACAUUGUCUUAAUUUUUGUUUGGACUCCCUGCUGAGUAGUUUGUACUAGGAACGCACUGAAGCUUUGAGAAAUCAACUUCGUUCAUUUGAAAUGCCAUCUUUCUGCAAACUGUUUGCAGAAGAACCAAAACGAGAGUGUAUGCUGACAGUUGGCCCGUAGCUGCUUGUUCAGUGGGCACAUGAACGAGCGUCAUUGUGUCCUGGCCCCCACUGCCGAACAAUGGAAGCCCUGUGGGGAGGAUUCUGGAGUCGUUUAACCUCGUGUGUUGAAAUGACAGGGAAUUGCUAGGAAAUGGCAAUGAGAAGCCUUUUCGGUGACCCCCUUCUUGAGCUCUGGAUGUCUAACCACAUGCUACUGUUAUUUCCCGGUAUUUCUGGGACAGCAUGAAGUAGCUUGCAAGUAGAAACAAGUUUAGAAAGGGGGGAAACUCGUUACGUGAUCAAUGCAAGUGUUGGAUGGUCUAUUUAGUAGAUGGUGGUGCUGGUGGGGGGGGGUUGAGCAGCAACUGUGCCUCCACAGAGAGGUUGGAAUCCUGAAUAAUCUCGGGUUUAGCAGGAUUUUAAAUCUCAUCUUGUUGAAUUUUUAGCACUGAGUGUGGAGAAACUACUUGGGAAUCGAGAUGUGUGUUUAACUUUCUGAGAAACGUUUUUGUAAAAGCAAUAUUAGGGAUCUUGUUCUUAAGGUACUGGCCGCUUCACACUUUAAUUCAGUACUUCUCAGCACUUUGAGCUGAUUGGAAGCCCAUAUUUCACUGGGAACUUCUUCAGUUUGAGAGAUGUGCAUUUCAGGUCUGCUCUGCCCUUGGUUUGUAUUCGGGCACUGAUCUAAUGAUACUGGCAACCAACAAAAGGACAUUUAAUUGAAUUUUAUACCUGUUCCCCUUCUUAUUUUACCACUAGCUAGGGGAAACGAUAUGGGUAGAAGGCAAAAACCUUUCUGUUGUCAUCUUGGCUGUUUAACAAUUGUGUCUCUUUCCUCUGAAUAGGAGGAGAAAAGCUUGAUGUUUCCUUAUCAGUGUUGCUGUGUCUGAAACUAGAAGCAGUAAAUCCCACGUUCUUUAACGCGGUGUAGCUGCAGGUGGACGUAUCUGUUCAGCUUAUGGCUUCUAGCUGUAAAAGAAGAAAAAGGAAUUUCCCUUGGUGCAAAAAGAGUUCAGACAUUAGGCAGUUUGGGGCCCUUUGGACUCUGUUUUAACAGGGAGUUAGCGCUUCCUUUCUUUGGAGAGCUGCACAAGUGGAGGAAGCGUUAUGAAAUCUCACUGGCAAAAAGCGUUUGGCUGUGAGUGUGUUGACGUGCUAUUAUUAUCUGGCACCCCUUGGAGAAAGCGCGACCUGCGGGUCACCGAUACUGCAGUUCCCUUCCCGUAAGAAAUGGAUCAAGAGGAGAAUGCCACCGUUCUGCUGCUUAAACUCCAUAAAUUCUGUUCUUCCUAAGUGGUAAAUCUCAGUGUCUCAUAGUCUAUGCUACCCCCUCGAAGUGAUGACUAUAUAUAGAAAUUUAACAUGAUCAGUUGUCAUAAUUUCGAUUGCACAUAUGGGGCAUAAAUAAGAGAGUUUGUCUAGUUGUAAACUAGGACUGGAGUAGAAUAAGCCAGAAAAUGUGUUCUGCUUUAGCAGAUAUUCUUUUGAAAUCUAGUACUUUAGAAAUGAAAGGAUGCACUGUAUAGACAGCACAACUUAUGUCUUUCACUCAUGGAACUUUUUUCUCCUCUUGGUUUUUUUUUAAGCAGCUUUCGUUUAGAUGGGGUCUUUUGUCCAUUCUAUCAGAACCAUUUUCCUGUCUGGGUCAGUAUUAUGUUCUCUGACAAAGGCUAAUUGCAGCUUUAUAGCUGAGAGCAGCUUAUUAAAAGGCGUUAUUAGACAGUCUACGAUUAUUGAAAACAAAACAGACCAUGGGGACUGUAGCUGCCGCCUUUUCCUUUGUGCUCAUUAUUAAGUAACUCUUCCCCCCCACAGCCCCCACUCUGCUGGUAGCAUUACUAUGUAAAUUAAAUCUCUCGGCACUCCUGCAGAUCACACUAAGUUUGUAGUACAAUAACAUGGAAGUCUUUCUCCGUGUAGUUUUAGAGCGGUGUACGUUUCCAGGAGAAACUUUUUUAAUUGACUUGCAAAUAUUUCAGCAUUUUUUUUUCCAACUUUCUGUACUGCAGGCAGUUGAAAAAUUGCGAUUAAAUUCAUCCUUGACUGAA